GGAGAUGCUGGGCCCCCAGGCCUCCCAGGGCCCCCAGGAAUAGCUGGACCACAGGGAAGUAAAGGAGAACAUGGUGCAGAUGGUGAGGUUGGACAGAAAGGUGAUCAGGGUCAUCCUGGAGUUCCAGGUUUCAUGGGACCCCCAGGGAAUCCUGGGCCACCAGGGGCAGAUGGAAUUGCAGGAGCUGCUGGACCACCAGGAAUCCAAGGGCCACCUGGGAAAGAAGGUCCUCCCGGCCCUCAAGGUCCAUCUGGAAUACCUGGAAUCCCUGGAGAAGAAGGCAAAGAGGGUAGAGAUGGAAAACCAGGUCCUCCUGGAGAGCCGGGAAAAGUGGGAGAGCCGGGUCUGCCAGGACCAGAGGGUGCCCGAGGCCUGCCUGGUUUCAAGGGACACACUGGCGAUUCUGGUGCACCUGGUCCCCGGGGAGAUCCUGGUGCUAUGGGGCCCCCUGGCCGGGAAGGCUUGCCAGGAAAAGAUGGGGAUACUGGACCCACAGGGCCACCGGGCCCCCAAGGACUGAGGGGACCACCGGGUAAGAAUGGAUCACCGGGAUCUUCAGGAGACCCUGGCCCUCCAGGAAGCCCAGGCCAGAAAGGAAAUAAAGGAGAAAAUGGCAGCCCAGGACUUCCUGGCUUCCUGGGUCCCCGUGGGCCUCCGGGAGAACCAGGAGAGAAAGGGGUCCCAGGAAAGGAGGGGAACCCUGGGAAGCCUGGAGAGUCUGGACCCAAAGGAGAAAGGGGAGAUCCUGGGAUCAAAGGUGACAAAGGACCUCCUGGUGGGAAGGGCCAGCCGGGGGACCCUGGAAUCCCAGGCCACAAAGGCCAUACAGGCCUGAUGGGUCCCCAGGGACCACCUGGGGAGAAUGGACCAGCUGGGCCCCCAGGGCCUCCAGGCCAGCCAGGAUUUCCAGGAUUGAGGGGAGAGUCUCCAUCCAUGGAAACCCUGCGGCGCCUUAUUCAAGAAGAGCUCGGGAAACAGCUGGAAACCAAACUCGCCUACCUCCUGGCCCAGAUGCCCCCAGCACACAUGAAGGCAUCUCAAGGCAGACCUGGGGCCCCAGGGCCCCCUGGAAAAGAUGGGCUUCCAGGUCGGGCCGGGCCCAUGGGGGAGCCAGGCCGACCUGGGCAGGGAGGUCUGGAAGGACCCUCUGGACCCAUAGGUCCCAAAGGUGAGCGAGGAACCAAAGGUGACCCAGGUGUACCCGGAAUUGGGCUUCGAGGCGAGAUGGGACCCCCUGGAAUCCCAGGUCAACCUGGGCAACCUGGCUAUGCUAAGGAUGGACUUCCCGGGACCCCUGGCCCUCAGGGGGAGACAGGACCAGCUGGGCAUCCUGGCCCCCCAGGUCCACCUGGCCCCCCUGGCCAGUGUGACCCUUCCCAGUGUGCCUACUUUGCCAGUCUUGCUGCCCGGCCAAGUAAUGUGAAGGGCCCCUAGAAGAUUCCAGAAAGCCAGAAGACUGCAAUGGAUUUCUAAAACUUGAACUCAAAGCCCAGUGGGCUUGAAACAUCUCAGCUACAUGUUUCUAUUUUUCUUUAUUUCUUUUAUUGUUUGUUUUCUGUUUGAUUUUCUUGAGAGACCUCAAAAUUAUUAAAUCCAACAGAUGCUGCCGGUCGGUCAGAUUAUUAUUAAUAUUAUUAUUGUUGUUAAUUAUUAUUAUUAUUUCAUAUACGAAUGCUUUGUGAGUUGUGUUCCACUCCUUUAAAGUUGGGAAAACUUGAUUUGUGGGGCAGGGGAUUGUUUUUCCAUUCUUCUGACAGCCUCCAACUGAAGCGUAACUGCCCAUUUUAAGGAAACUCUUGGUGCUAUGAAACCUUGACCAGACACUUGACAAAUUUACCUCUUUCCUUGAAAGAAAAAUUGUAGAAAAUGAGCCAAUGGGCUUCUAUUCUCAGUCGUGCCCAGAGAUUGCCCAGGAGGAAAUAACCCAAACAUUGCUACUUCCCAGAAGAGGAAAAUGAAGUAGGAAGAGAAAAAGUUUGCAACCAUGAAGAAAGUUUCCACCUCCUGAUGGAAAUUGCAUGCAGAGAGUACAGUAUCAGCCCUUAGGGAGCACCCCAGUCUCCUCAUUGCUUCAAACUUGCAGAAGCAGAAUAAUGGCCAUGGGUUGACAAUGUCUUUGUGGGAUCUUGUGUCUGGGAUGCCUGUGCAGAGGAGCCAGCCCUUUAGUGUUAAUUUGGUUUCUAAUCUGUGGGUAGGACUCCUUCAAGUUCCUCUUGUUGGUUUCAAUCACAUUAAUUAUAAAACAAGAGUGUGGAGUGACCAUUCACUUGUGUUUUUCUAAUGGUGGGCAAUUGGCACUGACCAGAGAUGUGAAAUCUGUAUCUCCAGGGCUCCAACUUUGAAUAAAUGGUAAUGAGAGCAUGUGUGUAUGUGACAUGGCCUGCUCGAGCAGGUGCUCAAUAAACCCAAGUUUCCUCCUC